AUGAUGGGUGUUGGUGCAAUUGACGUGAUUGGUGCAGCUUCACCAAUUGGCGAGAAUGGUGCAAUUUCACUAAUUGGUGUGAUUGGUGCAAUUUCACCAAUUGGUUCAUUUGGUGCAAUUUCACCAAUUGGUGUGAUUGGUGCAAUUUCACUAAUUGGUGUGAUUGGUGCAAGUGGCGAGAUUGAUUCAAUUGAAUUGGUGAAGCUGCACCAUUCUCGCCAAUUGGUGAAUCUGCACCAAAUGAACCAAUUGGUGAAAUUGCACCAAUCACACCAAUUAGUGAAAUUGCACCAUUCUCGCCAAUUGGUGAAAUUGCACCAAAUGAACCAAUUGGUGAAGCUGCACCAAUCACGUCAAUUGCACCAAUAUCAUCAUUGGCGUCUAUCCACCAUCUAAAUUCAACGCCAAGGCCAUAUCUGAAAAUUCCCACCCUCCAAAAAAUUGACUCAAAAAUUUAA